AUGGAGACGGACUAUUUCAAGGCAGCCAUCCUUGAUGCUAUUAUCCCGGAGAACACCACGGCAGAGCUUGCAGUACUGCUACAAGAUGAUCAAGAUGUACAUGAUGAUACUUCCAAUCAUCUUCUCCCUAUCAAGGAGAGAGACUUUCUUCUGUUCGGUGAGAUACAAUUUCACUUCACCGAAGUUUGUCUCUUACUUAUCUCUAGAUCAGAUGAAAAGUUAAGGACGCUGGCAGUAUUACAGCUGCCCUACUGUGACGAAGACACUUUGAAAGAAUACCUGUCUCGCUUGAAUUUGAAAUUGGAUGUGUGGGCUUUCGAUGAUUCGCCAAGCACAGAUCCAAAUGCCCCAUUAUCAUCACCUGCGAGAGAGCUUGUUACGUCGGUCGAUGGGAUUCAAAAGUCGGAACCUAUUGUGCUUGCUAGCCAGUCACCAGACCUUGGCCAGAUCUUGACCCUUGUAUGGGCAGUAGAGAUACUUCUCACUAGGCCAAGGGCUCGAGUGCCUCAUCCUGUGGUGGUGCUCAAUCCAUCAGCCACCGUGAGCUCCGCUUCUCAGGAAGACGAUGGCCAAAACCAAGACCUCUCGCCAGGCCAGCUCUUGGAGACCAAUGUUCUCGAACCCAUGCGAUUUAUUCCAGGCUUACAGAAUAACCCUCCAUACCUAGCGGCCUCGCGCCUUCAACGGGUAUUACCAAUGCCAACGUCACAACGAAACCGUAUCCACAUUGGCCAUGUCCCCCCUCGGAGGCAUAAGGCUGUUCCGGCGACAAUAGCGCGCGUACGAUACAACAAAACUCAUACAAAUUCCCCUUCGCCUAUCAAUGUCGGCCUGCUCGAUAUGGAGAUCAUUCCAUUCGUGCAUAUUGAUGCAACUGUGGAAGAAAUCGACCUCUCUCUCAAGAAUGGUGAAGUCGAAUUCUUAAUGCCCGGUUUCCUCCCAAUGAAGUGUCAGUCCGGAGACUGUGUGACCUUCAUGUACAAACUGCAUCAGCCUUUGAACAUUCUUCCCAAUCCUGCGCCUGGGUCGAUGAAUCCAAAUAUUGAUCUUCUCUCAAUCAAGAUUCUACUCCACAUUCAGUUCUCCAGCAAAUGCCGUCCUGUGGUCAUGAUGGAGUGGACUACUCAUGUCGACUUCACACAGGCCUUAAACCCUUCCUAUGGCCCCCCUUCACAACCGAUCCAAAGAGCGAACCGACCAACCAGUCUACCAGUCAGCAACGGUAAGGGGCCACCAGCGCCUGUGGUUUCCAUCGCUACCAGCCUGCAACCAGUACACGAUCUAGUUGCGCGAAGUGGGCUUUCUAUAACAUUCAGCGCAUUAAAUGAGCCUGUUGAGAUAGGAGCACCAUUCACCUGGAAAGUUUUGGUCGUGAAUCAGUCACUUAAAGUUGCUCGAAUAGCCAUCAUUCCACUCCCUCGCAUUCAAAGACAAACGAGUCAGGCACAAACUUUAGCCAAGCGGCAUGCACCAAAAUCAUCCACAGCAUCCUUCCACCCCAGUGAGCGCAGGCACACGAAGAAUGGCGAAGAUGUUGAUGUGGGGCAGGCGAUUGUUGAUGAGAAUGUAUUGUAUGCUAUGCAGCAUUCUGGAGCCGUGCCACCCGAGGCGGACAUUCUAGCACUGACGGCAGAGCUGAGGAUUGGACCUUUGGCACCUGAACAGUGCCAUGAGAGUGAAAUCCAGAUGAUUGCCUUUCAGGUGGGGACACUACAGGUGGAUGUCAUGCGAGUUGUUGAUCUCGUCAAGGAAGCAGAAGACGGGGUCGGUGCACCGGGUGUGGUGGCCGACAUCAGAGAUCUUCCAGAUAUAGUUGUGGUGCAACCGACCAAUAAUAAAGGAUAA